AUGGCGGCAAAGAGCCGCGAGGAGGAGCGCCAGACGAACCGUCUCAAGGCCGUCCUGCGCUCAACAGGUGAGCGGCUCGACUACGAGCUGCGGCGCGCGGACCAGGCGGAGCAGCGCGCGCGCACCGCCGAGGGGCACACGCGCGAGGUGCAGCUGCGCGUCGCUGCGACGGAGUCCGGUAAGCACCAGGCCGAGUUGGACGCUGCGCGCGCACGCGAAGAGACGAAGCGAUAUCAGAUCGUCGCAGAGACCGCUGAGCGGGAGUUCCGGCGCGUGCAGGCCGACAUGCGGCGCCUCGAGCAGCUGCGGCAGGAGGCUGAGGACAAGGCCUCCGAGGCCCGUGACAUGGCGCGGAAAGCCCAGCAGACGCUGCGGGAGUUUCAGGCGCGCCAGGAGGGCCGGGAAGAGGGCCGGAGAUUGGAGUCGACCAGGAGAUACAACGAUGGGCGGGAAGACGGCUUUGAGGAUGGCCGUGCUGAGGGCUUCGAGCAGGGACACGCUGAAGGCUUUGACGAGGGUCGCCACAAUGCCGGGCGUUUGUUCGGGUUUGAGGAGGGUAGGAAAGUCGGGUGGUCCGAAGGUUACACCGAGGGUCUGGAGAAGGGUCGAAAGCAGGAGCGUGAGCACGCUCUGCAGGCCUUCGAUAAGUUCAUGGACUCCGAAGUCGGGCGGGAGAACAUACGUGAGAGCGUCAUCACAAUGACGACGAUAGACAAUCAGCCGCCGACCCCGAUGUCGCCCAGUGUCGGUGCACGCCGCAAGGGCGCGAAGAUCCUGCCCAAGCUCCCGCUCUCCGCGUUCACUCCUCCGAACACCGGCACUUCCGAUUCCUUCCCGGGCCCACCGAGCCCGAGCACGCUCCAGCCGGAGGAGAUCGUCGACAUAUACGGUGGAUCCGAUCUGAGCCAGUGGAAGGCCGAGGCGGCGCGCGGGAUCGGGGAGAAGGGCAAGGGCGUCGUCCUGUCGCUGUACGGGAAGGAGUUCGCAGAGGUCGAGAAGGAGCUCGAGAGCAUUAAAUCCGCAGCGGAUGGCCCAUCCGUUAUUGCCGUGCUCGUCCCGAUCGUGCACCUCAAUGAUGAGGGCGCCUUCGUCCCGCCUGCGUAUCUCGCGACCAAGAGCACAGCCGGCCCUGUGCUCGUGCCCACGGUGGUGUUCACGAAGAGCGACCCGCUGGUGAAGAAGGCCCUGCACUGGGCGCUGCUCGAGGGCUACACGAUCAACAUCGAUGUGCAGUGCGACAUCCGCGCGACGGAGGGCGGGUGGGAUACGCUGGAGGAUCUGCUCUCCAGCCUCGAGGAUCCCACGUCCCCGAAGAAGCACCACGCGAACAUUAUCGUCUCGAACAUCCUGCCGCCGCCCGAUGACAUCACCCUCCCGAUUGUAAAGCUUUUGACGCACCCGUCCUACCGCAACUACCAGGCGCAUACCGCUGCGCUGUCGCUCUAUGCAAACGUCUUCGUUUCCUACCUCCCGCCGGCCUGGGGUUUCCCCACCCCACCCCAAAGUGCACAGAGGGACCGUACAGAAUGGAAGAAGCGCAUCAAGAUGUACAUCAGCCCCGCAGUAGAAGCCUUCGGUUUCGAGCGCGUCGUCUUUGGAUCUGCCCCCUCCGCCGCCACACAAGCGACGUCGAACGCCAGCGACUGGUACGAGCUCGCACGCGAGUCCUUCGCGGAACUCGGCAUCGAGCAGGAAGCCAUCGAUGCCGUGUUCUCCGGGAACGCGAGACGUAUCUUCUCAUGA